UCAAUUAUUAUCUGUGCGCAACAUGUUAAAGGAUCAAAUAAAGGACAUCCAGUGUGAUCCGAAUAUAGCAAGGGCGCUAGCUGAUGGAGUCGCCGCAGAGACACGACUGUUCGCCUGUAAAGAAUGCGACCGCUUCUGGUGGCGGAGAGUACCGAGUAGGAAACAGGUAUCGAAAUGUCACCGGUGCCAUGUAAAGUACGACCCUGUGCCACAUGAGAAUGAGUGGGGCUGGGCAAUAUACAACUGUGAAUGUGGCAAUGAAUUCAGUGGACACGGCCAGAGGCAAGUGGGGAGCGAAUGCUACAGAUGUAGUGGUAUCGCCUUUGCUACAGAAAUUCGUCCACCAAGCCGUCGUAGGAAUAGACGUUCCCGGAACAGGCAUAGUUGUAAUGCCCCUGAUUGUGAUGGUCACGGAGACGACAUGGCAGGACGCGAGAAUACAGGUGCCGGAGGGGGGUAUGAAAUUAUAUAUAAUCGUAGUUCAAGAAAUCAUGACCAAACGGCUUAUGGUUCUUCGGAAGGUGGUGUCCACUAUGAAGCACGGGGGCAAUCUCAACCGUAUCCACACACAGGGAUGGGUACGGGAGGUAGCAUGAUGAGUGUGUGUGCAAGUCCAGAGUCUCGCCAGGGCAAGCCAAAGGUUAUAUUUGCCAGUUCGAAACAUGUCAGCACCGGCUCGACUGUAGCCACGUACCUGGACCAGGAUGACCUGUGUUCCCUGGAUUCGUACGUAACGUCAUUACCCGUUAUCAGCGAAUGACGUCAUUGGUGAAAAGAGAUACUCUAAAAUAUGCUAAGAUUCCCUUUACAGUCUUCUAAAAACUGUAAGCUGAUCAUGAUUAAGUUCGUCACCAAUGGAUUUAUACUCAGUGACGAAGUGGAUUCAAAUAAGUCCUUUGAUGUUAGACGUUUUGGUAGACUAAGUUUGGUUAAAUAAUUAGCUUAAAAUUGACGUGAGCAAUAAAUCUAUUGAAUUAUAUAUGAAUAUUCAACUUCAUCAUGAUGUCAUAUGAAAUUAUUGGUUCAUUUUUUCUCUUUGUUUUUAACAAGAUAAUUUGCUUAAUUUUUACACGUUACUUUACUCAUUAUAUUUUAGUUUAAUUUUGUACAACACAAUAAGUUAUUUCAAAAUUAUCAUUUCUGAAAACCAGUCACAAAAGUUCUUGGGUAACUUUGGUGAAAUAAUAAUGACAAAGUCAAAUAUUCUUGAUGACGAUCAAAAUGGAACUUUAACAUUGGUGUAGGGAUAACAUAAUUUCAAUUAUUGAGUUGAUAUUAACCAUUAUUAUUUGAAUAAUUAAGUUGAUAUGAACUAGCAGUAUUUCAAUAAUUAAGUUGAUAUGAACUAGCAUUAUUUCAAUAAUUAAGUUGAUAUUAAGUAGCAUUAUUUCAAUGAUUGUGCUAUUAUGUUCCAAUGAAUGAAAAUUGAUAGGAACAUUUGUGAAUUUUUCUACUUUUUAAAAGAUGUAUCCCAAGUUGGUCUUUGAUGUCCUGUUGAGUAAAUACAAUGUUAUCAAUUUUGAAAUGGAGUUCGGGGGGAAGAGGAUGAGGAUCAAUAUCAUUUGAUGAAGUAGAAAUUGAGGAGAAGUAAGUAUUCAGGCAUUCCGCCUUAUCAAAUGAAUGUUAGAGAAUAGAAAAGGGGCAAAACAUGUUUGUUUAUUAUCAGUUUUCAUAGAGAUUUAGCUAUUUCCCACCACUUAUCUGAAGGUAGGUUGUUAUAAAUUAGUGAUGAUUUAAGUUUCAUGUGACAUUGUUUUUUUGUUUUUUCUAAUAAGAUCGAUAGUUUCAUUACGAACUAAUCUAUACCUUUCCCAGUGAAUAGGAGAAUUAUAAUAAACAGCUUUUUAUUGA